UUUCAUCGAACACCUUGUGUGCACUAUGAAGUUAAGCAUGAAAUUGACAAAUUUCUUGCACACAAGGGCUCAAUCAAGCAAGAGGGACAUUGCCCAACCUCAUUCACACAUAAACCAAGGAUUCCCCUCAAUCAAUUGCACACAAUUCACAUGAUUCAAAGUGGUUCUCUAAACAUGCACCCUAACACCCAAUUCUCCACUAUUCACAAGGUUAAGGGUAAAAUCAAACCUGGAGACACAAGUAGAGAUGUGGGGGAUGAUGAGGGGAAGGCAAUGGAAGCGAAGAAGAGGCCAAAAUCUGCCCGGAAGUGCUCGUCGGAGCCUGAGUGCUUCAGAGCUGAAGAAACUCCACUGCACUCCCCUCAUCACCCGCCUGGCCACCUACUUCCAGAUAUCACUGCAGGGGUGCACAGAGCAGGGGGACACCAGUAUCUAAGGCGCAUAUACGAUAGGUCGCAUGCACCCGCUUCGAGAAGAGCGAGGAGUCAAGUGGAUCAAGGGGUUUCCUCAACCUCAGAUCCCAGCGGAGGACCAGCCGGAGGUUCCUGUGGAUGCGGCUGAUGAGGAUGUCCACCCCCAGAAGUUAAGUCUAUGUUGGUUGAUGAACAGAAGGGAGACUCCUCCUUUACUCGAUUUUGCUGUACUCGAAUGUCUUCUGUGAUGGUUGUCCAGGUUGCUAUUGAAGUUGUUCAUGUGUUGGUGUUUGAAAACCAGUAUGAUUCACGUGUUUCCGUGCCUAUAUGAUUUGUCCCCAAUGUUAGUAUGAUUGAAAUAUGUGAGCUUACCUUGUGUCUGACUUGGUUUGCUUGGGGACAAGCAAACGGUUAAGUGUGGGGGAGUUUGAUAAACCGUUAAUUGCACA